AUGCAGUGUCUCCAACAGUUUCAGAAUCCAGAACAGGGUACAGCAAUGGAGAAGAACAACCCACGUAUCUGUUGUUUGUGCAACGUUACAUUUCAGCACCCCAAAAUACUAGCCUGCCUGCAUAGCUUUUGCCUUGUCUGUCUUCAGACUUUGCAGAGUACUGUCGUCAAAUUAGAGAAGUGGAUCCAAUGUCCUAUUUGCCAUCAGAAAACCGAGCUAACCGAGACAGGUGUAGAUGGGCUGAAGAGGAACUUCUUCCUCGGUCGGCUCGUCGACGAUUCAACUCUAUCGCAGACUCUUCAGUGUGCCAACAUUUUAUGUGGGUUGUGCCCACGGGAACCAGCACUGUUGGCAGAGUCACGGUGCUUUGAAUGCGCCAAGUUUCUUUGUCAAGAUUGCCAGAAGAUUCACAAUGGCAUACCCUCAACCUUCGGCCAUGAGAUACUCUCUUUGGAAGAGAUUCGUAAAGUUGUUCAUGGUGAUCUGGAUAAUCCAACCCCUCAUCGAUUGAAGGCUUUGAAACCUCGGAACAACACCUUGGAGUGCCCUAAACAUCCAGAGGUAAAGAGCAGGUUCUUCUGUCAAACCUGUGAGGAGCUCAUUUGCCACGACUGCAUGGUGAUAGACCACCCUCCUGCAUCCCAUAGCUACACUAGCCUUGAUGAAGCAGCCCCAGGUAAGAGAGAGUCUGCAAAGAACAAGAUGGCGCGGUUGAAGAUGAAGCUUCCUGAUGCUGACAGUUUCCUGCAAGCUUCGAAAAAGAUGAGCUUGGAGCUUAAGAGCUGUGCUGACAGGGCAAAGAAAGAAGUCAAGACCCAGGCUCUGCUCAACCGGGAGCGUGUAGAUGAAGAGGAGAAGCGUCUUCUGAAAGAAAUUCGCCUGGAAACCCAGAAACAAAUGAGACAAUUAAAAGAAGCUGAAGUCGAAGUGAAGAUCAUGUCGAAGCAUAUUCACAAUUCACUGCAAUGCGGUGGUGUUUUUGUUGAAGAGUCAACAGAUAGUGAGUUUCUUUGGCUGUAUUUGGUUCUCAUGAAGGAUUUGGAACACCUUGAAGAGCUUCAGUUGCCUAGCCGAAUGUCUAUGUUGAGUUUCAUCAGCACUGAAAUUGAUAUCAGUCUGGGAGAGUUACAGAAGAUCGACAUAGCAGAAAUGGUCACCGGAGAGCUUGCUAAUAAGCUGAAAGAAAGCACCAAACUCAAAUAUGGUAAGAUCGAUAUGACGUCGCCAGCAUCAUCUUUAGAGAGCUUCCAACCACACGCACCAAAGGAAACAGAUGUCCUCCAGAAACAAGAGCUAGAGCAAAAACAAGAGACCAGAGAUUCAUCGAGUGAUGGUCCCAAUUCUGAGGCAGAGAAUAGGCCUAUAAAGUAUGUGCCCCAGCUGUCCAAGACAAGCACCUUACCGAAGCCGAUCUCACAACCAACUGGCAAACAAACUGUCAAAACUCCAAGUCAAGAACCAAGCAACUCGUCUGCAUCUAAAGCCUCCACUUCUGCCGGACGAGAGAAGAAAGUUGAGAAAACUUCACUUCCCAUGAGUAAUGUGUCCAAGCCACCCUCAAACCCAACUGGCAAACCAACUGACAAAACUCCAAGUCAAGAACCAAGCAAGUCAACUGCGCUGAAACCAUCAUCAUCUGCUGGACCAGGGAAGAAAGUUGACACAACUUCACCUCCCAUCAAGCCAAUCUCACAACCAACUGGCAAACUGAAUGACAAGACUUCCAGUCAACAACCAAACAACUCGUCGGCGCCAAAACCCUCAUCUGGGGCAAGAAGGAAACAGGCCCCUUUACCUGCCUCCGACAGAGUCCUUCGUUCAUCCUCAAAGUCGAAUGCAAACGAUGAAAGAAAGUUUGAAGAAACGAAAAGACAAGCGCAUCAAAAAAGAACUCACCAGCCUCAUCGUCAAUCUUCAAAUGGAAAAGCAAGUGCAGAAAAUAAUCAGAAAAUGGUGGAAAAUAAAGAACCAGAAGUUUUUCGAGAGUAUGGGGUACAAGGAAGUUCAAUGGGAGAAUUGCAGAGCCGAGACGAAACAGACUCAAGGUUCCCUAGAAAGGAUGGGCCUCAUCAGGAGCCUGCUCACAGCUGGUCUCCCGAUGACUGUGACAGUGAUGACUCAGAUUUGUAGGUAGGUUCAUGCAUGGAGGAUUGGUGAGGGAAUGUACAAUGAUGGUAAUAAUUGCUUCUUAUGUAGUGCGCAUAUCCGUCACGCAGUGACACUCAAGGCACUUUAACAUACAGUAUUUUUCUUUGAGGUAUGUGGGAUUAAUUAUACUCCUUUCACAUAGCACCAUGUAUUGGUUUACAAGUGCUGUGGUGCAAUAUGCUGCAAAUCAAACCAGGAACACCAGGGUGAACCCAUUUUCUUUUCGUUAAGCGCACUGGGUUCUUUUUUGUGCGUUACCCACACACGGGCAACAGCUUUACGUCCCAUCCGAAGGACAAAGCAAUAUUGGUUAAGUGUAUUGUUUAAGGACACAGGUAUGACACACCUCUCGAACCCCCACUCUGCUGUUCAGAAACACCGGAGUUCCUACCCGGUGCACUUAAACGCUAUAGGCCAUGACACGCCACAAUUUACCUUAUGAAUUGCAUCAUCCUGUCGCCAUCUUAGAGGUAAAGGAUCAUGAAACAGUGGAACACCCAAUUGCUAAAUGCUUGGUGCUCAGGAUGAGCCAAUGAGAAUCUUUUGUUUGACCUCUAGCCGAUCGAGAGCACUCUAACUCGGAUGCGCAACGUGCUUAUAGGGUCUAUAGGAAAACACUGAGAAAAGGGUUAGUGUGCAGGGUGAAUGCACCACACUAAAUAAGCCCUCAGUAGCAACCAAUCGUAAAUUGCAAACCAUUUAAAAACCAUGCUCUAAAAAUAUUCAAUAACAACAAUAAUAAUAAUAACAGUAUUUAUAAAGCGCCAAAUUGCCAAAGGAUACAAGGCGCUGAGA